CACAUCACUUGCAUGUUGCUCUUCUUCUUCCUCCUCUGCCCUCAUCCCACACUCACACUCAACUCCGACGGCCUCUCCCUGCUGGCACUCAAGGCUGCAGUCGACUCCGACCCCACCGGAGCCCUCUCCGCCUGGUCCGACACCGACCCAACCCCCUGCCGCUGGCCUGGCGUCCUCUGCUCCCCCAACAACCGCGUCACCCAACUCUCCCUCCCAAACAAGUCUCUAUCCGGCUACCUCCCCUCCGAGCUCGCAUCCCUAACCUCCCUCUACCGCCUCUCUCUUCCGUACAACAACUUCUCAAGAACCAUCCCUGCUCCUCUCUUCACCUCCCUCAACAAACUCCUCGUCCUCGACCUCUCUCACAACCAACUCACCGGUCCCAUUCCCAUCCAAGUCCGAUCCCUCAAAUGGCUCCGCCAUUUCGAUCUAUCCUCCAACUCCCUCAAUGACUCUCUUCCCCAAGAGCUUUCCGAACUCUCUUCCCUCGUCGGUACCUGCAAUCUUUCAUUUAACCACUUCUCCGGCGGGAUUCCCCCCUCGCUCGGCAAGCUUCCGGUCAUUGUCAGCCUCGACCUCCGUGGCAACAACCUCACCGGAAAAAUACCACAGGUUGGCUCCCUGCUCAACCAGGGUCCUACCGCCUUCGCCGGAAACCCUGGCCUCUGUGGUUUUCCUCUCCAGAACUCGUGCCCGGAGUCUCAGAAACCUAACAUUUUACCCGCAGAUCAGCCUCAGAACCCAAAGGCACUUCGCGCCGGUGGCGCUGGCAGUGGCAGCGGUGCUGGAGAAGACGCCAAGGCUAAGGAACGUAGCGGCUCCGUUGCGGUCCUCGUGAUCUCGGGUCUCUCCCUGGUGGUCGGCAUAGUUUCUCUCUCGCUGUGGGUUUUCCGGCGACGGUGGAACAACGACGACGGCAAAAUGAGGAGCAGAAAAUUGAACAAUGAGGUUAUCGGCGGUGGAGAUGGAGGAGCAAUAGGAGGAGGGGAGGGGCAACAAGGUAAAUUCGUUGUGGUUGACGAAGGGUUUAACUUGGAACUCGAAGAUUUGUUGAGAGCUUCUGCUUAUGUCGUUGGGAAGAGUAGGAGCGGAAUCGUGUACAAGGUCGUCGGAGUAGGGAAGGCUGGCACGUGUGCACCUCCGCCGCCGGCGACGGUUGUGGCGGUCCGGCGUCUCAGCGAGGGCGAUGCCACGUGGCGGCUGAAGGAUUUCGAGUCGGAGGUGGAGGCCAUUGCGAAGGUUCGCCACCCAAAUGUGGUUCCUUUAAGAGCUUAUUACUUCGCAAAUGAUGAGAAGCUUCUCAUCACGGAUUUCAUCCGCAAUGGAAGCUUGCAUGCGGCGUUGCACGUUGCAGGUGGAUCUUCCAAUUCAGUGCUGACAUUAUCAUGGACAGCAAGGUUGAAAAUUGCCCAAGAAGCAGCAAGGGGAUUGAUGUACAUCCAUGAGUUUGGUGGCCGGAAAUAUGUCCAUGGCAACCUAAAAUCAACCAAAAUCUUAUUGGACGAUGAUCUCUGCCCUUACAUAUCAGGUUUCGGACUAACCCGUCUUGGUUUGGGUACCACAAAGUCAUCUGCAUUGGCACCAAAACGGCAGAAUUCUAGUGGAUCCUCUACAAUGGUUUCAAAGGCUGCAGCUUCUUCUAAUAACUACUUGGCGCCUGAGGUUCGCAUGGCAGGUGGCAGAUUCUCUCAGAAAUGCGAUGUGUACUCUUUUGGCAUAAUUCUAUUAGAACUUUUGACUGGUAAACUCCCGGAUUUCGGACCAGAAAAUGAUGACAUGGUGCUGGAGAGUUUUGUGAGGAAAGCAUUCAGAGAGGAGCAGCCAUUGUCCGAGAUCAUAGACCCGGCUCUUUUGCCUGAGGUUUAUGCCAAGAAACAAGUUGUUUCUGCAUUUCAUGUGGCUCUGAACUGCACUGAACUGGAUCCAGAACUGCGUCCUAGGAUGAAAAUUGUGUCUGAGAGCCUUGAUCACAUCAAGAUUCAGUGAAAAAACAUGAUAGAACCUUGUAAAUUUUCGGUUCUUGUGGCUGACAUUUUUUCCCCUCUUGUUCAGAUGUUAUUUAGAGUGGUGUUUGAUUUUGUAAUGUUGGGGCCACUUGGAUGUACCUUUUGUUUGUUGUAUCAAUGGAAAUUAAUUCGCUUCCUUGGCCUUCCCCUGAAAUGGCAAGGUACACCUCGAGUAUUUUAAGUUGAAAACUUGAAAUGUUUACAUUCUUUUUUUUCA